ACAAAGGAAGCAAGUGGUCCCUCUAGACUUAGAAAAGCUAAAUGCACAUGGGAAGCAACAGAGGCUUGAAUUACUCCAACCACUUUUCCAAAGAAACAAGCGGCAAUAAUGCUGAUGGGAAAGUACUUGUGCAAUGGUCUUAUCUCUUCCAAGAGGCCAUGGACAAUCAAGCAAAAUCUGCAAUUUCUUCAAGACCGGCAGAGACAAAGCUUGCUACCAAGAUAGACUUCAACCAGGGAUGACAAGGAAGGUCUAAAGGCAGUGAGAAGGAACAUGUGUUCAGAAUCCAACAGCAAGAUCUCCAACUCAGUAAGCCAUUAUUUGAAGCAUCUUCAACAAGGCUCUCCGAAGCUCCCAACCAGUCACUCUGAUGGCAAUAGGAGCAAAGGAUGAGACCAGGGAGGAGUAACUAGAGGAGAGUGAGGCAUCCCUGAAGACAAAAGAGCAGGUUGCAAGGCAUGGGCAUGCAAGUCAGAGCCAAGAACAGAGAGAGCCUUGUUUAAACUCCAUCAAGAGUUGUGGGCACUUGGGAAGCCAUUUCUGAGAGCUGCUGCUUUGGCAUCCUCCACUAAGGCCCAACGAAGCUCCUGAGGGGGGCUAAACAACCAGUUAUCCAAUAACUUGUUUUCCCUGCAAAGUUUUGCAACUUGGUGGGCAGAAUUGUUCCUCUCUCUAUUGGUCCAUGCGAACUCACAGUCAUGAAAUUGGCCUUUCAGGUAUAUGAUAUCUCGUAAAAUUGCACUAGCUUCACCUAUUAAAAUCUCUGAUCUGCAUGCCUCCACUAAUUGUUUAUUAUCUGAUUCCAGCAUCACAUCUUGAAAAUUGAGAUUAAGGGCCAAUAUUAGUCCCUCCCUGAUUGCUUGAGCCUCUGUUGUCAAAGGGGAAGAGGCAAACACCUUAGAACUUGAACCGGCAAGGAGGGUGGCAAAUUUGUCUCGGAUUACUGCUCCAACUGAGGCUCGAGGUUAACCUUGAUGGUGCCUUGCCCACAUAAUAAACAGCUAUACAUGUCAGUUGAAUAAAGCGUGCAACAUUCAGCCCAUUUUGGAUCGGGCCAUAAUAUUAUGUUUUCAAAUUAUUUUGGGCCUCUUCGGAUAUCAGUGUUCCUUGGGCUUUUCAGCCCAUAGAAGCAAGUCACUAGUCUCAACCAUAAACUAUAUAACCGUGGCUCACAUCGCACCCAGACCCAAAACCCUAAGCUCGAACGGGGCUCCGCCACAGCCACCUUCCGCCACAGCCACCGCCAUCCAUUCCAGUGAACCCUAAUUCACCUCUACGAGAUUUCUCUGUUGAUUUACGAUGGACAUGAUUAGUAGGUUACCCGAUGAAAUCCUCUGUCACAUUCUCUCUUUUCUCCGAACCCACGAAGCAGUUGCCACACCUCUUGUUUCAAAGAUCUCCGUUCCCGCUCUCGACUUGGACCACUUCGAAUUCCGUCGCGCAACCCGCAAAGGGUGGGUGGAGGAAUCUCUGGAUAUCCCUUCCUUUGAGAACUUCGUAAACGCAACCAUUCUCGCCAGAGACGAGCGACAACCCAUCACAAGAUUCUGACUCUUAUAUGAGUCGACUGUUAGCUUGGAAGGUUCUGAUCUUGUCCAUGAUUGGUUAAACACUGUAAUGCCACGCCGGAUUGAGAACCUUGAAAUCUGCAUCCCCCCACUUUCUCGUGGUAUUGGUUUGAAAAUUUACAGCUGCAGAACCCUUGUUGUUCUCAAGUUGAAAGGGUAUCCAUUAGGUGUGUACGUUUCUUCUCAUGUUGAGCUUCCCUCACUCAAAUCCCUACAUUUGGAAAAGGUUCAUUUCGUAGAUUUUCAAUCUUUUUUGAAGCUUAUUUGUGGGUGUCCAUUACUUGAGGAUUUGGAAGCAGGUACUGUUAGUUAUUUGGAUACAAGUUUUGAUCAAGAGUUUAGAUUUAGAAGCUUGCCCAAGUUGGUCAGUGUGGUUAUAAAUGAUUAUAAUUUCAGGUUUCCCCUGAAAAUAAUCAGUAAUGCAGAAUUUCUAAGCAUUGAAGAGCGCACCUUCGGUAGGGUCACUAGGGUGUUUAAUAGGGUGGUUCUUGAAUUCCCUAAUUUAGUUCAUGUGGUAUUCACCUCUUUGGGCUCUUUGAGCUGGCAUUUCGUGUUUGAGAUACUAAAAAAUUGCCCCAAGCUCCAGGAUUUUGAACUUAUAUUUAGUCGAGAUCCUGACAGUAUGACUCUUUUGCCUUACCCUCAAUUUAUUCCUGAAUGUCUUACUUCACAAUUUAGAAACUGCACUCUUAAAAAUUACAAAGGCACAAGAUGUGAGCGGCUAUUUGCACAAGACAUUAUGCAGCAUUCAACAUCUUUAAGGACCAUGAAAAUUUGUAGUAGGAGUUCCUUGAGUACAGAAGCAAAACAUGAAAUGCUUAAACAAUUAGCUUUAUGUCCAAGGAGAUCUGCCUUGUGUGAACUUUCAUUCAUAUGAUAACUGGUAGGUUUAUUAGUGGCUGCAAAUUGUUCUUAGAUUAUUACAUAUGUUAUUAAUUAAUCUAAUGUUUGAAGAACAUGGAUGGAUUUUGUGUAAUUUUCUUGUCCAGUGCCCAUAUCUAUCUGAUUAUUGUUUGGUAAAUUCAGUUCUGGUACCAAACUUGGGUUUAUAAAUGGAUAGUACUAUUUCUUA